AUGCAGUCCCCCGUGUCAAUCGCCCCUUUCAUGCAGUCCCCCGUGCCAAUCGCUAUCUUCAUGCAGUCCCCCGUGCCAGUCGCUGUCUUCAUGCAGUCCCCCUUGCCAAUCGCCGUCUACAUGCAGUCCCCCGUGCCAAUCGCCGUCUUCAUGCAGUCCCCCGUGCCAAUCGCCGUCAUCAUGCAGUCCCCUGUGCCAAUCGCCGUCUUCACGCAGCCCCCCGUGACAAUCGCCGUCUUCACGAUCCCCCUCGCAAUCGCCGUCUUCAUGCAUUCCCCCGUGCCAAUCGCCGUCUUCAUGCAGUCCCCCGUGCCAAUCGCCGUCUUCAUUCAGUCCCUUGUGCCAAUCGCAGUCUUCAUGCAGUCUCCCGUGCCAAUUGCCGUCUUCAUGCAGUCCCCCGUGCCAAUCGACCAUUUCAUGCAGACCCCCGAGCCAAUCGACUUCUUCAUGCAGUCCCCCGUGCCAAUCGCCCCUUUCAUGCAGUCCCCCGUGCAUUUUACCGUCGUCAUGCAGUCUCCCGUGCCAAUUGCCGUCUUCAUGCAGUCCCCCGUGCCAAUCGCCCCUUUCAUGCAAUCCCCCGUGCUUAUAGCCGUCUUCAUGCAAUCCCCCGUGCCAAUCGCCGUCUUCAUGCAGUCUCCCGUGCCAAUCGACGUCUUCAUGCAAUCCCCCGUGCCAAUCGCCCCUUUCAUGCAGUCCCCCGUGCCAAUCGCCCCUUUCAUGCAGUCCCCCGUGCCAAUCGACGUCUUCAUACAGUCCCCCGUGCCAAUCGCCCCUUUCAUGCAGUCCCCUGUGCCAAUCGACUUCUUCAUGCAGUCCCCCGUGCCAAUCGAUGUCUUCAUGCAGUCCCCCGUGCUAAUCGCCCCUUUCAUGCAGUCCCCCGUGCCAAUCGCCCCUUUCAUGCAGUCCCCCUUGCCAAUCGCCGCUUUCAUGCAGUCCCCCGUGCCUAUUGCCGUCUUCAUGCAGUCCCCCGUGCCAUUCGCCGUCUUCAUGCAGUCCCCGUGUCAAUCGCCCCUUAUAUGCAGUCCCCCGUGCCAAUCGCCGCUUUCAUGCAGUCCCCCGUGCCUAUUGCCGUCUUCAUGCAGUCCCCCGUGCCAUUCGCCGUCUUCAUGA